AUGGGUGAUAUCAUGGCUUAUGUCGGUUUGGGGCUAUCUUUGUUGAUUAACGUGGUUGCUAUAUCUUCAAUUGGAAUCACUGCUUGGAGACACAGGCAAUCCCUCAUGAGUAACCUGGGACAGAGCAGUAGGCGAACACAGGUCGAAAAGAUCUUAAUUCUCGUCAUAGAGUCUAGUCUGCUUUACUGUUUGGCCAAUGUCAUACUCACCUCCUGUCGGACUAUUUGCCUUCCUGGUCAUAACCCUCUAAGCCAACACAUGUGGCCGAUAAGCACUCAUAUCGCGGCGAGUAUCUUUUUCGUCAUCUUCGAGCCCUGGCAUGACAACGCUUAA